AUGAGUACAAAGAACGAAGGUGCGGCCGAUGGCAAGCCAAGAAGCGAGGAAGUCCACGAAACACCAUACUGGACUUCAGCUCUGAGUUCAUUCGGAAUAUGGAACGGCGGCAAACCAUCUGGGACGCAGUCUGGGAAAGAGGCUGUGGAAGAGGCGAAUGCGCUGAAAUCCAAUUCCUCAGCGGACCACCUCACCACACCAUUCCACGGGCAAAGCUUCCGACGUUACCCACAAGGCUGCCCACGCCCUAAAGUCCAAUGGUUUCAUGCUGUUGAUGUGCCAAAGAGGACCACGUUGCCACUCUUCGAAGCAAAAGGCCCCAGCGAACCCAAACCACUAGUGAAGCCAAAGAAAUUUUCUGCAUUUUCUGCAGAGGACUCUCGGAGGAUCGAAGCUCAGUACCAAAGCCUCAUGGAAGCCGACGAGGAGCGACGCAGUAAGAACAAGGGUGCGGAAGCUAAAUCGCAGCGCAGUGCCUCUGAACCCACGAACGAGGACACGCGGGUGCCGGUAAAUGAAGACUUCCUGUUUGAUGUCGGUAUCGAGCGGCGGGAGCUCUGCCCAGUGUACUGGCUCGGUCCCGUCUACGAAGUUCGUCGUGGAACUUGGUUUUUCCAAGAUGGCUCAAACUUGAGACCGUGCGAAGAAAAUCUUGCUGCACAAGUAGAAGAAGGAUAUCUAAAAAUGAAAGCAUGGACCGAACCAGAGAAGCAGAAUCACCCAAAGCAAGAUAUUGCCAGCGCAACAGCUACAGCAAAGGAGAAGCCUUCUGCGGCUGCGGACAAUAGCCCAGCGGACACAGAAUCGAAACCAGCCAAGCUGAAAUCGCAUCGCCUAUUCGGAAUCUACAUGAACAACACUGUCACGUAUGAGGAUGCCAGCAUUGCUUGGCUGGUAUCAGAUGGCGUCCUGUCGUGGGUAGCGACGUCCGUAUACGAGCGCUUUGGAGGAGGAGGGCACAUGAGUGGCGUCAAGUUGAUCAGAGGCUAUUCUAACCAAAACAAGGCCAAGGAAAAGGGAACCAACGACAAGAAACCCGCAGCCGACAACGAGGACGAAACAGCAUCUAAAAACACGCCAUCCAACGCAGAUGCGGCCUCGAGCGGCAAAACGUCCAGUGUGGCAGAGGCGGCGCUGACCGGGAAGGCGAUACUGCAAAGGCGACUCUCAACUAUCAUAGAGAGUGAAGAUCGGCGCACAGCAACGAGCGACAAUGACGUACAAAAGCUGAACGAGGAGGAGAUGCGCCACGAUUAUCUCACCCAAAGCGGCGAAUCGCAGAAUCGAGAUAUCGAGCACCUAGUGCUAGUCACGCAUGGAAUUGGGCAGCGACUUGGCCUACGAACGCAAAGUGUCAACUUUAUCCAUGAUGUCAAUGUUUUACGCAAAACUCUCAAGGGCGUGUACGCAAACUCACCAGAGCUUCGAUCAAUGAAUAUCGAUGAAGGCGAUGGCCCAGGCAAUUGUCGCAUGCAGGUUUUGCCAGUAUGCUGGCGCCACAAAGUUGACUUUCCAAGAGGAAGAAAGAGGAAAAUGCAAGCCGACGAGACAGAUGUUGCCGAAGCCUACGAAGAGGAAGAAACGUAUCCGACAUUAGAGGAUAUUACAAUAGACGGCGUUGCGUUUGCCCGAUCGCUCAUCUCUGACCUGGCCCUGGACGUUCUUCUUUACCAAAGCUCGUACAGAGCUGAGAUUGCGCAGACAGUGAUUGAGGAGUCCAACCUCAUAGUUGACUUAUUCCGGCAACGAAACCCGAAUUUCAAGGGCAAGAUUCACCUGGUUGGCCACUCGCUAGGUUCUGCCAUCUUGUUUGACAUCCUCUGCCACGAGAAUAGGCGGCGUCGCCAUGAUUCGAAGCCGAACCCACUGCGUUUCUUGCCCCAUCGUGGCCCAGCGCGAACUGAGACCAAUGAUACCUUGGACUUUGACGUGGAAGACUUUUACUGUUUAGGAUCACCCAUUGGCUUGUUUCAAAUGCUCACGGGCAGAACCAUCGCCGCGCGUCAGGUUGAGCGCAACAUUUCCAAGGUAGGCUUAGCGAGGGCCAUAGACUCGGAAAGUCAGGAUGAUAGCUUUAUGGCCGAUUCAAGUUCCGAAAAUGGAGUUUCGCGACCAGAUACGCAGCAGCUGUUCAACAUAUUCUACCCGUCUGACCCAAUCAGCUACCGUCUAGAGCCUCUGAUUGCGCCUUCCAUGGCUUCGAUGAAGCCACAUAAUCUUCCUUAUACCAAAAAGGGCAUAUUCGGAGUGGUUGGGUCACAAGGACUGACCGGUAUCGGAACGAAAGUCGGCCAAAGUGUCAGUGGUCUCCUUGCUAGCUUAAGCACUGGAAUAUCGACCAAUUUACUACCCGCUUCGCUUCGUAUCACCAAUGAAGAGGCUCAAAUGAUGAUGAAUGAGAAAGAACUCCCAGAUAUUUCUGCUGAAGCGACACCGAAGGAGACGAACGAGAAACGAAGCGGAAUGGGCAGCGAGAGCCAAGGCACAGAAGACGAGGAAGCACUCCUAGCCAACCACAGCAGCCAAAUUGCCACGCUAUACUCUCGCUUCCAGAUGGGCGACGAGCGCAGCGAAGAAGCCCGAAAAGAUCCCGAUUCCGAAAACAAAGAUCGCAAGACGCAAAAGCAACGGACAGCCCAGAGGAAGGUCUGGGCACUCAAUCGCAACGGACGCGUUGAUUUUAGCAUUCAGGAGGGAGCCCUGGAUUUUAAUCCCAUCAGUACCAUUGCUUCGCACAUUGGUUACUGGGGAGAGGAGGACGUGAGCCACUUCAUGCUUUCUCAGGCUCUUUCGCGAGCGAAAGAGAAGCCUAGUGAAAAUUCUGAAUGA